AUGGCUGCCACCGUCCUUCCAUCUGCUUACCAAACGUCGGCCGCCUCGCCGGAGUGGCUAAACAAAGGCGACAACGCAUGGCAGAUGAUCUCUGCCACCCUCGUUGGCCUCCAAAGUGUCCCCGGUCUCGUCAUCCUCUACGGCAGCAUCGUUAAGAAGAAAUGGGCGGUGAACUCGGCGUUCAUGGCGUUAUACGCCUUCUCCGCCGUCAUCAUUUGUUGGGUCACUUGGGCCUACAAGAUGUCUUUCGGCGAGAAACUCCUCCCGUUUUGGGGAAAAGCCGGCCCGGCUCUCGGCCAGAAGUUCCUCAUCAAACAGGCCGCCCUCCCCGCCACCACUCACUUCCAUUCCGAUGGCACGUUGGAGACGGCGAUGAUCACACCAUUUUAUCCGAUGGCGUCGAUGGUGUGGUUUCAAUGCGUGUUCGCGGCGAUCGCGUUGAUCUUGUUGGCGGGAUCAUUGUUGGGGAGAAUGAACAUCAAGGCGUGGAUGGCGUUUGUGCCGCUGUGGUUGACGUUUUCUUACACCGUCGGCGCUUUCAGCUUGUGGGGCGGUGGUUUCUUGUUUCAGUGGGGUGUCAUGGACUAUUCCGGUGGUUACGUCAUUCAUCUCUCAUCGGGUGUCGCUGGUUUCACCGCUGCUUACUGGGUGGGGCCAAGAUUGACCAUAGAUCGGGAAAGGUUUCCACCCAACAACGUUUUACUAACGUUGGCCGGAGCAGGGCUGUUGUGGAUGGGUUGGGCUGGUUUCAACGGCGGAGAUCCUUACACCGCCAACAUCGACUCCUCCAUGGCUGUUCUCAACACCAACAUCUGCGCCGCCACCAGCCUCCUUGUCUGGACCUGGCUCGACGUCAUCUUCUUCGGUAAGCCAUCCGUCAUCGGUGCAGUCCAAGGCAUGAUCACCGGACUUGUUUGCAUAACCCCCGGCGCCGGUCUAGUUCAAGGUUGGGCCGCAAUCGUCAUGGGAGUCCUCUCCGGCAGUGUCCCAUGGUUCACGAUGAUGGUGGUCCACAAAAAGUGGACCUUACUUCAAAAAGUGGACGACACCCUAGGUGUCGUCCACACUCAUGCGGUGGCUGGAUACCUUGGUGGCAUCCUCACCGGCAUAUUCGCCGAGCCCACCCUCUGCUCGCUCUUCCUACCGGUCACCAACUCACGAGGAGCGGUUUAUGGUGGUUCGGGUGGUAUGCAGAUAGUGAAACAAAUGGUUGGUGGUGCGUUUAUCAUCGGGUGGAACAUAGUCGCAACGUCAAUAAUAUGUAUCGUCAUCCGUUUUGUGAUUCCGUUGCGGAUGUCCGAUGAGCAGUUGUUGAUCGGCGACGAUGCGGUUCAUGGAGAGGAGGCGUAUGCGUUGUGGGGAGACGGGGAGAAGUAUGAUGGGACAAAGCACGGGUUUUAUUCUGACGAUACCACACACCAUCGGCAGACAAGCGGCGCUACACAGGUGCUCUAA